AUGCCCGGACUUCCCACUGCAACUGAUGAGGAGAUUGGGUUCCAGCCGCCCCCGUCCAACCCUCUCAUUCACAUGCCUGGAUCUGUCCCAGGCUGGGCGUCGAAGGGCAAGGUGUGGAAGGCCCUGCCGCCGAUGACUUCUGAGCCCAUCGGCGGCCCGGACAGCAUCGUCCACUUCAACCCGGUUAUCGUCAUAUUGAUGUCCCUCAUAAAGUCCGAGGAUUUGACUAGGGCCGUUCGGUCGGCCAAGGAAAAGGUGCCAGAGUUCAUGGAGGCCAUGGAGAUUUCGGACGCCCAGAGCUUCUUCGUCUUCGCCAACAAGAUGCUCAAGUGGACGCCGACUGAGAACGUCGAGGCCAAGGACAUAUACGACAUCCUCUGCCUGUUUUACUUCAUCCUUGACCAGGAGCCGCUGCUGAGCUUGCAGACGCCCGUCCACCCGAGCUCCGCCGGCAAGCCCCUGAGUCCGUUGUCGAGCUGGAUCGUGGUGUUUGCGCAGCUCAUCGGGCUCUUCAUGGACACUCCCGCGUCAAUCAACGAAGAGACCUUUCAGACCUUCGUCGACUCGCCAAAGUAUGCUCUCCACGAGGCAGUAAUCCCUUGGGGCGGAUUCCGCACCUUCAACGACUUCUUCUCUCGACACCUCAAAGAUGGGAUGAGACCCAUCGCGGACAAGGAUGACGACAGCGUCAUCACCUACCCAGCGGAUUGCACCUAUGACAACUCUCUUCCGAACCAGAGCAUCAUUAACAUCCAAGACACGGGCAUCAUCGAGAUCAAGGGGCUCCCAUGGACCAUCGGCACCUUGUUGCAGGGCAGCAAGUUCGCAGACCACUUCAAGGGAGGCGUGUGGAUGCACGCGUUCCUCAACACGUUCAACUAUCAUCGUCAGCAUGCCCCCGUCUCCGGCAAGGUCAUCGAAGCCAAGAACAUCCAGGGCGCGGCCUAUCUCGAGGUCGACCAGCAGUGCCGCCCUAUCCGCAAGCUCUUUCUGAGGGCCAAGGACAUAGAAGACGACCCCAAGUGCAAGCCUGAGGCCCCCGACUCGCCGGGCUACCAGUUCCUGCAGACGAGGGGUUUGGUGGUUAUCGAGAAUAACCUGCUCGGCAAGGUGGCCGUACUGCCGAUCGGCAUGGCCAUGGUCUCGUCGGUUAAGCUGUCAGUGCACGUGGGACAGGAGCUGAAGAAGGGCGACGAGAUCUCGACCUUCUUGUUUGGCGGGUCAGACAUCAUCUGUGUGUUUGAGUCGCGGGCCGGGUUGAAACCCGAGAACUUCGUCCCUUCACCCAAAGACGACUACUCUAGGUAUGGAACCGUGCUGGCUAGGGCUCCCGGGCAUGGUUCGAACGGGAGCUCUAACGGACACCACUGA